AUGGAAGGACAGCAUAAAGAAAAAAAUACAAAAAUAAAAAAAAGUAAAAAACCGUUAGUUGUUAGUAAUAGAAAACCAUUCAACGUUUUUGAAAAAAAAAAAAGUGCAAAGCCGCUCGUAAGAGAUCCUCGUUUUUCUGAUUUUUCAGGAUCGUUCAAUGCGAACUUUUUUAGAAAUGCAUACAAGUUUUUAUACGACUCAAGAGAACAAGAAAAGAAGAUUAUAGAAAAAAAAUUAAAAAGCAAAAAUAUAACACAAGAAGAAAAGGACGAAUUAAAAAAAAAAUACAAUGAUUAUAAAAGCACUGAUAUAUUAUUAAAAAAAAAAGAAGAAGAAAGGAAAUUAAAAGCAGAAUUAGUAAAACAGGAAAAACAAAAUAUUCUAACCAAAAAUAAAAAACCUUAUUAUUAUAGUGAUAGAAAAAUUAAAAAAAUAGUUCAAGAAAAAUUGUCGAGUAAUAAGAGUUUAAAGAAAGUUAUAAAAAAAGAAAAAAAAACAUUGCAAAAAGAGAGAAAGAGAAACAUCAUACCAACAAGAAGAAAUAUGGAUUAA